GAAAUAUUCACCAAUGGAAAUUGACUUUAAAGUCCCUUAGAGAAUGUGUGGUGUUCUACAUAGCAUACUGACAAUCAUUUUCAUUUUGGAGUUCUUCAUUGGAAAUCUGGGGAAUGGAUUCACAGCUCUGGUACAGUGCAUGGACUUACGAAAGAGAAGAAAGUUCCCUUCAGCAGAUCAUUUCCUCACUGCUCUGGCCAUCUCCAGAUUUGCUCUGAUAUGGGUUCUAUUUCUAGAUUCAUUUGUGUUUAUAGAAUCCCCAUUACUGACUAGAAAUACAUUAAGACUGAUUCAGACUGCCUGGAAUAUGAGCAAUCAUUUCAGUAUAUGGUUUGCUACCAUUCUCAGCAUCUUUUAUCUCUUCAAGAUAGCCAGUUUUUCUAACUACCUUUUCCUCUACCUUAAGUGGAGAGCUAAACGGGUGGUUUUGGUGACACUGCUGCUAUCCAUGAUUCUUUUGUUUUUAAAUAUAUUUUUAGAAAUCAAGCAUAUUGAUGUCUGGAUCUAUGCAGCCAAGAGAAACAUAAUUAAUGGUUUGAGUUCAAACAGUUUUUCGGAGUUUUCCAGGCUUCUUUUAAUUCCAAGCUUAAUGUUCACAUUAGUACCCUUUGGUGUAUCCUUGAUAGCUGUCCUCCUCCUAGUCUUUUCCCUUAUGAAACAUGUAAGGAAGAUGCAGUACUACACCAGAGGAUGCAAAGAUGUCAGAACCAUGGCCCACUUCACAGCCCUGCGGACUGUGGUCACCUUCCUCCUACUCUAUGCCACCUUCUUCCUGUCUCGAGUUGUGGAAGUUUCAAUGCUCGAAAUGGAUGAAAGUCUGAUGCUUCUGUUUGCAAAAGUUACUAUAACAAUUUUUCCUUCCAUCCACUCCUGUAUUUUCAUUUUGAAACAUAAUAAGUUGAGACAGGACUUGCUUUCAGUACUGAAGUGGCUAAAGUGUUGGUGCAAGCGUGUGAAAACCUGGGAUUCAUAGACCAUUGUAUGCAUCACCUUGAAUAUUCUAGAGGUGUAUAGGUUC